AUGGGCAAAGCGGCGGCUGAGCCGAGCGACGAGGAGGAGGUGCCCGAGUGGGCGUUCGGCGAGGAGCCGGUGUGGCUGGCCGCCGUGCGCCGCUUCCUGGAGCAGCCGGGGCUGGCGAUCCUCGACGUCGGGCCGCCGGCCGGGGCUGCCGCGCGGGGGCGGCGCGGCGGCGCGGACGGCGCCGCCCCGCCGCCGGAGGAGCUGCACGUGCCGCUGGAGCGGGUGCGCGAGUGGGGCCGUCAGGCGCUGGCCGACGGCAGGGCGGGGCGGCCACUGGCUGUGGUGGGCAGCACGGGCGAGGAGGCGGGCGAGGCCGUGGCGAGGCUGCGCGACGUCGGUUACGCGGCGGUGGCCAACCUGCGCACGCGCGCCUUCCUGGCGCGCGUGCGCGUCAAGCCUCCCGAGGGGUGA